AAUAUUAUUAUAUUUUUUUGUAGGGAUGUGCAAAACGGAAACUUCUCAAACUUCUUCCAAUAUAAAAACUGUAGGCUUACGACCUGGGUUGCACUGUAUCUUUAAGAACAUUUUCAAGCGCCCACUAGAAUGAAGCAAAUCGCAAACUCAUCAACAACAACCGGGGUGGAAACAUUAGGCCAAACAGAUUCAAAACGUUCCGUUUUCCAACUAAAACUAUUGGACAAAUUCAGGGUCUGUCCUUUGAAAAAAGGCUGGCUUGAUUAUCUGCCAGCCAGCUCAUGGGCACUCAAUGGUCCCGAAGCGAAAGCGACAGCAGUCUUCUGCUCGUCCCGGAGGUUGGGACAGGGUGGCAGAGGGAGGAUGAUGAUGACUCGCUGGAUGGACUGGACAGACAGGAGGACAUUGCUCGGUUCCCUUAUGUAGAGUUUACCGGCAGGGACAGUAUUACCUGUCCAACAUGCCAAGGCACUGGCCACAUCCCCUCAGAGCAGGUCAAUGAGCUGGUGGCUCUGGUUCCCUACAACGACCAGAGACUCCAGCCCCAGAGAACGAAGCUGUAUGUGGUCCUCUCGGCGGUGCUAUGUCUCCUGGCCUCCUCGCUGGUGGUCUUCUUCCUCUUCCCCCGCUCUGUCGUGGUGGAGGAUGAUGGGAUACGCUCUGUCACCGUACAGUUUGAUCACGUCAACGCUAAAGUCCUCAUAAAUAUGACAAGCUCCUUGAACUUCACCAACUCCAACUUCUUCACGGUGAUGGUGGACAGUCUAAGCUGCCAGGUUCUCUAUAUGAAAACAGUCAUAGGCACCAUGCAGCUAGAUAAUGUCAUCACCAUCCAGCCCCUGAGCCAGAGACAGGUGAACUUCACAGUCAGCGUUCAGAUCAGUGGAAGCACCUCCUAUGUUUAUGCCUUCUGCACCAUGGCAAGCAUCAAGGUUCACAAUAUCGUGGUUAUCAUGCAGACGUCUGUGAAAACCUCCUACAUGAUGCGCACGGCCCAGAAUACCCUGGAAGCCUACCGCUACAUUGACUGUGGUUCAAACUCCACGGUUCACCAGCCCCCACGCCGACUGUGGCAGUAACCCUCCCUCCCCCACCACCAGCCAGUGGUUAGGCCAAGAGUCCAGCAGCCAGGGACACAGGGACCAAGGUGCUGGGAGCCAGGCCACAAGAACUAGGGAAUAUUCCCAAUAAUUUCAGUCCAAGCAUUUGUUUUGACUUCAGGAUCAUUAGGCUUCAUCACUUGCCUACGUAAAUGCAACAAACACCAGCUCCUCAGUAAAUUAUAUUUAGCUGUUGUGCAUUUGGCUGAAAUUCAAAGGUAUGACUAAUUUACAGGCUGCUGAAGCUGCAACGAUCUUGAUUUUCCGUGGGAAUUAGUUAUCCUUGGCUUGAGCACAGUUACUGGCGUUACUACUGAGUUAUAACUGUGUAUCCUGCUGUGUUAGUCCUUGCAUUUGUAACAUUGAGAGCGUCCGCUCAAAUUUUAAGUGUCCUUUGGUGUGGGUUCAUGUGAUUUCAGGGACUUGGCGUAGUAGGAAUGUAUAAAGUGAAUGACAUUUUAUUUCGCAAAAAGGGAGAUUUGCUCCCUGCUAUUUAUAUCUGGGACUUGACAAGACUAGUCGAGGGAUGUGCCUAAGACAAUUUAUUUGCACCUCAAAAAUGCUACAUAGGGCUAUUGUUUGAUAUGUUUCUCUACGUCAUUUAUUUUCUGCUUUUAAUAAGAGACAGUUACUGUCAGGAGGUACUAAUAUAAGUUAUAACACUCUGUUUGGGAAAUCUGGUUUAACUAAUUUUUCCACUUACAGCCUGGUUUACUAAGCAUUUAUACCAGUACAAGAUUAAACAGAAGAGUUAUAAUAUAAGACGGUAACGUCCAUAAAGGCAGGUUCAUGUUUUUUAUGGGAUCGUACAUUUUACUGCCCUUUAAUUAUGGGGGAAACUGCAAAUGUUUUGCUAGAGCAUGAUCAGCUAGUAAAUCCAACCCUUAUGUCGGAAGUACAACGUUGUUGACAUGAUUGUAAAAAAAAUUCCUACUAACAGCAUGGUCUUGCCAAGUACGCAGCACACUAGCACAGUGUAUGGACCUCUGUCCGGAGGUCCAACCUGGACUUAAUAACUCCGUAAUGACAUUAACCAGGUCAGCAUGACUAAAAUGUCAUUAACUCACUCACUGUCCUAUUGUGUUGGGUAUCUUCAUAAUGUCAUUUUACAUUCCAAAGCACAGCCUCUUGUUGUCAUAGACCUUUAUAAUAAGCUGAUGAAAUGACUUGAAAUUUGGUUUCAGAGUUUGGUAUUUCGAGAGCGUUAAAAAGCAAUAAGCUUGUGUGGCUUGACAAUGACAGCAAUGUGUUGGCAAGAGCACAACCAGAUCUGAGACCAGGCAAAAUGGAGAAAGGUGAAAGGUGAAAACAGAUGGUGAGAUGUAAAAAAGAAAAAGGAAAAAAAAAAAGUGAUUUGUAUGAUGGAAUAUGACUGAAUCAUGCCUUUUAGUGGAUGUGAUUGAGGAAAUGUAUAUAUUUUUCAAUGCCAAAAUUCUAAAAUGGGAAAAAAUGAGGGUAUGGUCAACUAAUAAAGAUGGUUACUUUUUUUAAUGAGA